CUUAAUUUAAGAACUGGAAAUAGACAGGGCUGACUCAUUCCACAGACACAUAUCUCUUCCUUUCAUUCCCUCUUUGCUGGUGGAUAUCCAUAGAACGGUUUGUAGCGAGUGAACAAAGCAUAAAGAGACUAUAGCAUGCCGAAAAUGCGAGAAGUAAUUUCUGUCCAUGUCGGCCAGGCCGGGGUACAGAUGGGCAAUGCAUGCUGGGAGUUGUAUUGCCUAGAGCAUGGGAUCCAGCCUGAUGGUCAAAUGCCGAGCGAUACAUCCAUAGGCUCAUGUGAAGAUUCUUUUAACACAUUCUUUAGUGAGACCGGUGCUGGAAAGCACGUACCACGAGCUGUGUUUGUUGAUCUCGAACCGAGUGUCGUAGAUGAGAUCCGUACCGGUACAUACCGUCAACUCUUCCAUCCUGAGCAGCUGAUCACCGGCAAAGAAGAUGCCGCCAACAACUACGCCAGAGGCCACUACACAGUCGGAAAGGAACAUGUGGACUCGGUGAUGGACAGAAUAAGAAAGCUGCGUGAAUGCAUCUCUCUUCAUGUCGGACAAGCUGGUGUCCAGAUGGGCAAUGCCUGUUGGGAGUUGUACUGCUUGGAGCACGGUAUUCAGCCUGACGGACAGAUGCCAAGUGACAAGACCAUCGGGGGUGGCGACGAUUCAUUCAACACAUUCUUCAGCGAGACUGGUGCUGGCAAGCACGUCCCUCGUGCUGUGUUCGUCGAUCUUGAGCCAACCGUGAUCGACGAGGUCCGUACUGGUACCUAUCGUCAGCUUUUCCAUCCAGAGCAGCUGAUCACCGGCAAAGAAGAUGCCGCCAACAACUACGCCAGAGGACACUACACAGUCGGAAAAGAAAUCAUAGAUCUAGCAUUGGACAGAAUCCGCAAAUUGGCGGACCUCUGCACUGGCCUCCAGGGCUUCCUGAUCUUCCACAGCUUUGGUGGUGGUACUGGAUCUGGUUUCACAUCACUUUUAAUGGAGCGACUGUCAGUGGAUUAUGGAAAGAAAUCCAAGCUGGAGUUCGCCAUCUACCCAGCACCACAAGUUGCCACCGCUGUUGUCGAGCCAUACAAUUCUAUUCUAACCACUCACACAACACUCGAGCACUCAGACUGUGCUUUUAUGGUCGACAACGAAGCUAUCUACGACAUCUGUCGAAGAAACCUUGACAUCGAAAGACCAACAUACACCAACCUGAAUCGUCUAAUUGGCCAAAUUGUGUCUUCCAUCACCGCGUCUCUUCGAUUCGAUGGUGCAUUGAACGUAGAUUUGACUGAGUUCCAGACCAAUUUGGUACCCUACCCACGUAUCCACUUUCCUCUCGCCACAUAUGCUCCCGUAAUCUCAGCCGAGAAGGCUUAUCAUGAGCAGCUUACUGUUUCAGAAAUCACUAACUCUUGCUUUGAGCCAGCCAACCAGAUGGUGAAGUGUGAUCCACGUCAUGGUAAAUACAUGUCUUGCUGCCUGUUGUAUCGUGGUGACGUUGUGCCAAAGGAUGUCAACGCAUCUAUUGCUACCAUCAAAACCAAGAGAACAAUCCAGUUUGUCGACUGGUGUCCAACUGGUUUCAAAAUCGGAAUCAACUACCAACCUCCAACCGUGGUACCAGGAGGUGAUUUAGCCAAGGUACAGCGUGCCGUGUGUAUGUUGAGCAACACCACAGCCAUCGCCGAGGCAUGGGCUCGUCUUGAUCACAAAUUCGAUUUGAUGUACGCUAAGCGUGCUUUCGUACAUUGGUACGUGGGUGAAGGUAUGGAAGAAGGAGAGUUCUCAGAGGCUCGAGAAGAUUUAGCAGCCCUGGAAAAGGACUACGAAGAGGUCGGCGUUGAUUCUCUUGAUGGAGAAGAUGAAGAGGAAGAAGGCGAAGAAUAUUAAGCAACCACAGACUCCUCCUGCAAUGCAAAACCACAUUUUAUGAACAAUAAUUAAAACUAAUAUGAAAUAAGCUUAUACGUUCUUAUUGGAGAAAAAUAUAAAUGCAUUUGUAAAAUCCACCCACCUGCACAUACUAGUUAUACAGUGUAUUCCUUGCAUAUUUAGAAUAAAAGCAUUUGAGCUAUAUUUGUUGGA